AGUAAUAAUCAAUGCUAGAGAGGGUCUACUCCAUAAAGAUACCUUUUGUACAUAUUUUAGUUCCUCACAUUCAUUUUAGAUUCAGAUGGCGAUGUUUUGAUGUUACAAAUUUUCAUAGAGUGGACACUCUCAGUCUUCUCUCUGUAGUCAGUGGCCAUUUUAUCAUUUCAGCAUGUAACUUUUUCUAACCUUCAUGAUGUAAACAAAAUCAGCCUUGCCGGUCCCGCCUAAACAAUCGACUCGAUCAUGUAGGCAUUGCCUAGGGCUCAUUUUGCAUUGAUUUGCUUUGUCCAAACAAUUCAUUGUUGUAUAAUUAUUAGUAGUUAUUGAAUUCAUAAUACUAGUUACGAAUAUCAACAUCAAGAUGCCUUAUGAUUUUCAAUUUAAUCUACAGCAAAAAGCAACAUUAUCUGUUGCAAUAUCACUCCUGAAAAAGAAUGAAGUUAAACGUAAAAUCAGACAGCUUGCUAAUCUCGAUGGAAGAUUGACAAAAGCCGGAGUUGAAAGAAAAUGGCGACAAAUUAUCAACCUAGUCAAAGAAUUAAAUCAACAUGUAUUACCUCCAACUUUAGAGAAUGAACUGAUGUAUUUUGUCAGGAAAUUAGGAGAAAAAUUAUACAAUUGGUAUGUCCUUAUUGAAAUCGAGAAUCAAUUCCCGUUUAAAAUAGAAGAAGUGAAAGAUUAUUUAGAUGAAAUAUACUGGACACCUUAUGGUACUAUUGAUGAAGUUAAAAUAUUCGAAUCAUAUUUGUCAAAUAAUCCAAAUCGUUUUCCUAAAAUAAUGUAUUGUAUUGCAUGUUAUUAUGCAUUGGAGGAACAUAUCGAUGAUUUGUGGGAACAAAUGUCAGAAGAUUCGAAAAAACAAUGUGAUGAGGACAUAUUUACGAAUGUUGAUCGACAUAUAUGGGUAUAUUGGAGACAUUGGAGAGAUGGUAAUCUGCCUUUAUUGAAAUUCUAUUUCGAUACAUUCUAUAUGUUAAAAGAACCACUUACGUACGAAUAUGAUUUUUCAUAUCGCAUUGAUCAUUCUCCAGAAGAAAAUAUGUUGUGGAUGUCAGUACAUGAAGGUGAUCAUAUUGCAGCUAAAUAUUUUUGGGGGAAGAUAAAUGAAAGAGAAAGAAAUGCUUGUAUUAUAGACUGUACUCGCAUGGCUAUGAUGUGUUACGAUGAUUAUGAAAUUGAGAAUAAAAAAAUAAAGAAUCACAAGAAAGAGAGGUAUGCAGAGAUCUGUUUAUUUUUAAUAAACCAGAUGAAUAAAGAUCAAAAGGAAUUUCUUUUCAAUCAAGAAUUAUCACUGGAAAACGUUGAUGAUUUUGACAUUAUGAAUGAAGAUGUAAAAUCUAAAAUUCUAGUAAUGUUGUUGUUUGUGUGGCCAUGGCAAGAACUUUUCAUACCAGUAUUAAACGAUAUGUUGCCAUAUGUAAAGACUAAUAGUCUCACACUUAGUAUAAUGUUAUUUGAAUCUUCAAGGAAAAUGUCUCAUGAACACAAGAAAGGCUGUAAUAUAAAAAAUACCACUUACUCUAGUAUAUUACAAACAGUCUGGAGUCAUCUUCUAGUUACUACUAAACGAAAGAUGAUAUAUUCUGGUAUAAGUGGUCUUGUAAACGAAUUACUAGCAGUACAGGACUUAGAAAGUAUUAAUUUGAUAUUUAAUGAUCCAACAAUACCAGAUCUCAGAAAUCAACUCAUAGAAUCUGGAAAAAGGGGAUAUAUGAGAUUAAUCUCAAAUAAUCAGUAUGCAUUUUUAAAUCAGUUCAUAGAGAGAGUACUUAUAAGUGAUAAAGAAAAAGAUGAUUUCAAAAAAAAAGUUAUUGAAUGGAAAGGAAUAAUAGAAGGAGAACAACUUGAUGUAGCUGAAGAACUUCACAAUUUAUGGCCUCCAGAAAAUGCUACAUCUUCAAAGUAGUUUAGAUUAUAAUAUUGUUCUUUUUGAAUAUUUUUUGAAGUAAAAGCGAUGUAAAUUAGUUAAUAAAUUCAGUAAAGUUAAAGCAAAACAAUUAAUGAACAAAAGAUGGUAAUGCUCAUUGAAUGUAAUACAAUGGUUCAACUAAUUUUUUUUUUACUUUUAUAUUGUGUAAAAACUUUGGUACUACUUUUCAGAUUAUAAAAUAAUUUUUUAUCUUUUUUUUAUAUAAAUCAUAUAUGAUUUUCAAUUUAAUUCCAUAUAAAAUUGUAACUUCUACCU